GCACGUCACGUUUGUGCAUGUUGGACAAUUGGACUAGUAUUUUAUUUAUGUAGCGACUUUUUUUCCAUACUAUGAACUAACACUAAUGAGUAAACGAGCAGAAGUGAUUACUGUUAAUUUUACAGUAACGAUUUUGAAAUAAGUAUGGUGCCUAUUUUGGAAUGACAUGAAGAAACGGGCGGAUGGUGAUGAAAGUGACGUGUGGAGGGAGAAUUGUCGAAAAGUAGGAAUUUGGGUUGGAUGGAGGAAAUGAAUGGCAAUGAUACUACAUCAGUUAAAGAAUUUUGUAUUAUGGACAACAAACCAAUAAUAACAUGUGCUGGUGAUACGGCUCUGUUUUCAAGUUUGGAGUCGUCCUUGGUUCAGGCGUUACCUAAGGAUCCUACUGAAUGGCGGAGGUCAUAUGGAAGGGCUGUCAAGUCUGUUCAUGUUGAAGGGUCUUUCAUUUCUUUUAGCAAGGAUGUUCUUCCAAAACAAGGAGAUUGGCAUUUAAUUCAACAACCUAUAUUUCAUAUUUUCUGGACUGAAUGUGUGGAUGUGGAUGUAUAUAAGACAACAGUUCGUGAAGAAAUUGAAGCCUGGCUGAAAACAUUAGGCCAGAAUAACAUUCAAGACUGGAUGAUUGUUCUUGUAGAAACAUAUGAUAUUAAAAAGACAAAUAAAUUAUUGCCUAGAACCACAGUUCUUGACAAAAUACGGAGCGAUUUUGCGUCAAAGCAUGGAGAUAGGUGUUUGUCUGUGAUCAACCCCAUUCGAUCAGAAUCAAGAUCUGCAGAAUCAUGGCGUGGGCUGCUGGCUAGAAUCCGACACCUACUCCUUGCUGCUUAUAAUCGUACUCUGUUAAAGUUCGAGGAAGUGAUAAGGGACCAAAGGGAACGUCGCAAUGAACCAGGCUGGAGCUUCUGUCAGUAUUUUCUUCUCCAGGAAGAACUGGCCUUUGUCCUGGAAAUGUUGGGCCUCUAUGAUGAAGCCUUGGUUCAGUAUGAUGAAUUGGAUGCUCUCUUUACACAGUUUGUCCUCAAUUCUAAUGUUGGCGACACUCCAGAGUGGCUUAGCAACUUCCAGUGCCCAUUUGACAGCUGGCUUGGUUUGGUGUUAGGUCAGACAGUUAAUCUGACACAAAGGUCAUUACUGAAGGAAUGUAAGGCAUCACUACUUGAGUUUCGCAGCUACCUGUUCUCCAGACAGUGCGCUAUGCUCCUGCUUACAUUCAAACCUUGGGAGAUAGCUCAGCGGUCCCUCCCAUUUCUUCACAACUGCAUCAAGGAAGUGGGAAUUCUUGAGAUUGCUGCCCCACCAGGGGCUAUUGCAUGCUGGGUGUUCCUCUGCUGCCUGGAGGUUUUACACACUUGCGAACGUUUCAAUGACAGUGGUCAAGUAGAGGCAUAUUCACUUUACACUGCAAGUCUCUGGGCAUAUGCUCGAGACAAGCUGCGUGACUUAGGCGAGCUCUGUGGACUCAUGCCAGGCAAUGAGCCAACCAGUGAGCAGUUGCACAUAGUUGUUGGUCUGUCAGCUGGUAUGGGCGAUUCUCAGGGGAAUAGCAAACAGCCUACACCCACAGACAAAUUGAAGGAAGCACUUUCAUCAAAAGAAGCUUUCAAGAAACAUUACCUGGAGCUAGCUGAACUGGCCAUGGGGACUUACAAACACAUAGGUCGGAUUAGAUCCGCACGUGCGAUUGGUCGAGAUUUAGCAGGAUUUUACGUGCAGCUCGGUGAGAUGCAGAAAGCUGCUGUGUUUCUCACUGACACAUUGAAAACUUUUGAAGAAGAAAACUGGAAACACCUUGCCAUACAGACACAGCUUGAAUUAGCCGAUUGUUAUAGAAAAAUGGACGACAAGAAGAGGUUUAUCAAAACCAGUGCGAUGAUUGCCAGUGCUCCCGAGUUAGACAUGUCUACAAGAAUUAUGUAUUUUGAUGAAAUGGUGAAUAUGUUGGAGGAAUUGCAGACAGAGUCACCUCUGAUGACAUCAUUGGCUGAUGCAUUUAAAUUAGUGAAGGUGGAAGUGAGGCAGGGCAGCAAUAAAGUCAUUAUACAAGACUCAACAGUAGAAGUGAUUGUUGUGAUUGAGAGCUAUUUUCCGAAGCAGAUCCACUGUGUCCGAGCUGCCAUCUCUUUAGAAGGGACUAAGGAUGGAAAGAAGCAAAGUGAUUUACCUAAUUCUCGUUCACAAGAACCACCUGCGGAGAGAAGACAGAGUGGUGGUGGGAAAAGGCAGUCAGUCCAGUCACAACAAAAUAUCACAGGAGAUACUCAACACCUCAAUAAGUGCAACAGUGAGGAGGUGAAACCUGCCAACCCAGCACUUGCGAGGCUGCACAUGGUGGAGCACCUGGACUACAAGCAAGAUAAGAGCCUCAGCUCUGCUAGCAUAGUCUCAAAAAACCCGAAGCAAUUCCUGCGGCGGACAGAUAGUCAUGGGAAAUACAAAAAAAUAUCAAACACGCCAAAAGGAGAUUUUUCAUCAGCACUGCUAUCGGAGAAUAUUAUACUUAAACCUGGAAGGAAUGAAUUCAUGGUGAAAGCAAAGGCACAGGAGAAAGGUUUGUACAGGCUCUGUCAGCUGUCCCUUCUGGUGUCAAGCAAUCUGGAGUUUCUGUCGAGUGCCAUCAGCCCACGUGUGAAUUUUGAAGUGAUGAAAGAGCCAUCUACUCUGACGCUCAACAAGGGAGAAAAAGACCUGCUGGCAGGUCUCGAGCAGGAGAUGGUCUUAACAGUUUGUGCAGGCAGCUAUGCUAUUGCAAAGGAUACAAGUUUAAGGCUUCGCACAUCAAGAGGUCUGCAGAUGCAAGUGAAAUCGAGUGAAGAAUCUCUUGUUAGGGAUUUGGAAGUGCCUUUGCCCCAGUCGGAACCUUUUCAGACUCUGUCAAUUCUUCUGCGUGUACUAGCGGAGCUUCCACCUCAGAAAGAUGGUAGCAUCACAGAACACAAAGUAACUUUGCAGUGUCCCUGGACACCUGAAGAAAAGAACAUCAUACUCCACUUCCAGCCACCAUUAAUGUCUUCAUUUCGCCUUCAUACUGCACACACACGCAAGUUUGUGCAGAUUGUUGUUGUUGGACUUAACGUUCAAAUGCUGGAGCUUAGUGAACCAACACUCACUGUCACAGGAAACGAAGAUAUCAAACUGGGAUCCCUUAACCCAACCAAUGGGCAGAAACUGAUUGUUGGCAAUGGCAUGGAUGUAUCCUUCAUGUGGCAGCUGGAUGUAGGCAAUAUGGAGGACAUAUGUCCCAUCAAGACUGAAUUCACAGUCCAUUACAGUCCAAUCAUCAACCUCACAAAACUCAUCAGCGAGAGCCAGACUCGAAUAUACCGCUGCAACUUUGAAAUCAAUGACUAUAAGACAUUGUUUGUGGUGAAAUCUCGUGUUGAACCAGCGAAAGGCAACGAAUUUUGUCGAGCUGGAACAAUGUGCCACCUUCAACUUCAUGUACAACGAGUCGGUGCCAGCUCUCACAGUUCGCUGAUGUAUGAGGUGCUGGCAGAUCAAACCAUGUGGGCUGUGUGCGGCAGAACGGCCGGUGUUAUUUCACUAGACAGUGUAGACAAGCAGAAUGUUACGUUGGAUGUAAUGCCUCUGAUUGGUGGGUUUCUUCCAUUACCAUUGGUAAGGCUCUCUAAAUAUAUACCUGCAGAUCAGAAGACUUACUCAAGAGAUCCAAACCGCAAACCUGAAUUGGGUUCCCACACUACGUCGCACCCCCGUCUGGAACCGUUUAGCCCAGGUCAGGUGUACAACAGCAGCAAGGCCCAGCAAGUGCAUGUUCUGCCCUCUGUAACAGUGUCUUCAGCUGCUGACACCUCAAUACCAUGACAGCGAAUUGCCAGGAACCACUGAGCAAAGGGACCAAUAGCACAAAAGUUGCUCAACAUUUCCAGUUAAUGUGGCUUUUGUUAACUCUAUCAUUAUACGAACAUUCUCUGAAGCACAAGUGUAAUGUUGGUACAAGGACCUGUACAUUGGGUACUCCACAGUUUUAAAAUGUUGUGAUUGCCACCAAAGUGGUGAAUUGUUGUGAUCUGAAUACUGGUAUAUAUAGAAGCCAGUGCUAAGUGAAUAAUAACAUUAGUUUGAUACAAGUUACUGGAGUAUCGAAAGGUUAGACUGAUACAAUAAUGUUGUUACUAUCUUUUCCACCUACAAUUUCAGAUAGUUUAUUGUUCACCCACUAUGAAUAUAUAAUGUAGAUAUGAAAUAUUGAA